AUGAUAUCUCCAGUGCACCAUCAUCUCAAAUCACAGCUGGCGACUGAGCAAUCAAGUGCUGGUUUUCAAACCGAGAUGUUUCGGCGGUGUCUGUCUCCUCUUUGCAUCCUCAUCCUCAUCCUCACCUGUAUGGUGUCCACAAACUCCUCUUCCCCUCUUGGCCACAGGGGGGCGCUGUCCUUCUCCAAUUCAUUGCGCCUCACACGCACUAUUCGCGCAGGCGUCCAACAACUGCUGUCCCGCUACAAACAACAGCUGUUUGGUGACGAGCUCUUUGAAUACAGAGAGCUGAUGCUGAGUUCACUUCCUGCGGUGACGGUCAGUUAUCAGAGCUGGCUACACAUGCAGGACACAGAGCGUUUGCGUUUGGCCUCUCACAACCUCCAAACCUUCUGGACUCACCUGGAAGUUCUACGGCAGCAGCUGGAGAGAGAGAGGGAUGCGACGAAGGAAAGAAGAGAGCAGAGAAGAGGCAAACGAGGAAAGCCCCAGCCCACCUUGCGCCAAAGAUUUGUUAGUCUGCAAAUAGACCUGCGGGACCUAAUAAAACAAGUCAACUCUCAGUUGAACAGUCUGAGUAUCACUGCAUCUACAAAAUCCCCACUUCUCCAUCCCCUGCACGCAACUUCAUCUUCCGGUCCGAUUCCCAGCAUGCAUCAUUCCACAGAGAGCACCACUGUACUCCAGACCCCAACUCGGACGGAUAAUCCUCGCAGCUCUGCACACUUCUCUACACAAUCUUCUACUUCAGUGAUGGAGAAGACCUCUGUCAGCCUCCCACAACCCACCCUGGCAUCAGCAGGCUUUAUUUUUACGGGAGGAUCUGUGGACACACAGCAGACAACAACAGCAGAGACGUCCCGCUGGAUUCAGCAUCUGAGAGGGUAUGUGAUACUGAGAGAUCUGGAACGGUACUUGAGCAGAUUGGCACGAGAUUACGCUGUGCUCCAAGCCAAAUACUGACAAACACGCAAGUAAAUCAACAAA